AUGGUACAAGCCUGCGUGACGGAGCGAACACUUUGGAUUGACGCGAUAUGUAUAAAUCGGGCAGAUGAGGUAGGGAAAGCGCACCAAAUCGCCAACACGGACGAGAUCUUCUCGAAGGCUGUGCAGGUUCUGGUCUACCAUGGACUCGAAGACAAGCUGUUCAAGCAAGGAAUCUUUAGCCUACGCAAUGUCUGGGAAGUGAUCACGUCCACAGGCUGCGAGCACUAUUCCGACAUCGACCAUUUUACACAUGAAGAACUCGACGACUCGAUGGAUCUAGACGCGCUAGCCGCAGUCUUUGCCAAGCCUUGGUUCAGCCGUGGGUGGACCGUCCAGGAGUUUGUGUUGGCUCGCAAAUGCAUCUGUGUCCUGGCAGACAAUAGCGCUAUCGAUGUCGAGUUCAUUGUUCGCCUCGCCAACUGGACAUACGACCUCAAUGUAGCGGGCGAGCGCGCCACCAUUGCGACCGCUCUCUCACAACGACCUGGCGUACCAAAUGCACAAGCACGACUGUGGCUAUCUGCCAGUCACCGGGGUGGUCACAACCGUCGGCCAAUCGAUGCUUUGAGAUGUGCCCGAGACCUCUCGUGCUAUGAUGUGAGAGACAAGAUUUUCGGCAUGUUCGCUAUCUUGCAGAGCUUAGUGGGAUUCGAAAAGAGACAAUUGCACCUAGUGAUGCCAGACUACAGUAAGGAGCCAUAUCAUGUCAUUCGCGACGCAAGCAGAUUUGUUCAGGAAACAUCGGCAUCGCCGAUUGAAAUCCUCGAAUGGGUGAGCCAUGGGGACGAAGCUGAUAUUUACGACGACGCUAUACCAUCUUGUACAAAAUCGACCGACCAUCGCGACUACAUCGACCUCCACGUCCUGGAGCCGUCAUUGAGUUCAUGA